AUGAGCGGGGUAAAACAGCGUGCUUUUUGUGACAUCCGUCCAUCAAUGUUGAAGAAUCCAUUACUCGUUCGUAAUAAAAUUGGAAAAGCAGCGCCAUCCACUCAUGAUCUUCCUCCUUCAGACUAUCGUUACGGAUGCAAAACGAAUAUUGGUGAAGGCGUAAAAGAAAUGUUCCAAAAUUGGGAGAAAAUUGAGAAUCCAGAAGAAACUCAACCUGAUUCUUCUAGAAGAAAAACUGAAUUCAAACCAGGAAAUGAUUAUAUCGCAAUGAAUCGUAACGCGAUUCGUCAUGGAUGCAGAACAUCAAAAGAAUUUAGAGAAUUUCAGCUCAAGCAUCCUGUGAUGAAGAAAGUAGUAGAUUCUGACUCCAAAAUCGAAUCAAAUCAGAAUUUUCAUACGAGAGUUGUUAGUAUGACACACGGCAUACCUACACCAGUUACUUCGGAAAUGAAAGAGUGUCUUACAUGGUACUAUGGCCGCGAAGCAAAAGAAAGAGCUUUGGCAAAACGUGCGUUAGAAGCUUCAACAAGGGCCAGGGCCAGCACAGCAACGACAAGCUCUAUAAGAUCCCGCGCUACAAGACCGACAAGGGCAUCGAUCGGUCAUACUAAAGUUUGUUACGUGGCUCCAAGAGAAUCUGAUACAUUCAAGAUCAAACGAUUCGCUGACAUUGAUCAUUAUGCAAUUGUUGAUUAUUGGGAUUGA